GUCGAGCCCUGCUUGUGCCUCGAUUUCCCCGUCCCGGUGCCAACGUGGCUCCACUCAGGUGCCGGAUCAAGCCCUGGGAGCCAUCCCACAAGCCGAGGCCGGGGAGAGCUGCAGCCAAGGCCUGCCGGGGCUGAGAGCAGGAGCCAGCGGUGACACGGCUGCGGGGCACGGGGACAGGAGGUGCCAGCGCAGGGCAGCGUCUCCCUGGGGUGCAGCGCCGAGGGGCGCUCGGGCUGUCCCUGGCGUGCCCGGGCGCCCUGUGUGCUUUGGCAGAGGGGCCAAGGCCGCUCGGCGGGGCCGCGGCAGCUGCUUCCCUUCCCGCGCCUCCUCCCGCGGCCCCGUUAAAGCGCCCGCGGGGCCGCCGCUCGCUCCCACCGCGGACACCGCUCCACGAUGAUGCUGCAGCUCGUGCUCCUCGCCGCGCUCGCCCUGUGCGGUGAGUCCCGCCCGGAGCCUUCGGCCCCGGCACCUCCCGAAAGCCCCCCCGAGCCACUCCACGCCCGGGGGGACUCACGCCGUCCCUCUGUCCCCAGGGCGCUGCUCCGAGCUGGAUCUCGAUGGCAUGCAGCGGGUGGUCGGCGGCACCGAGGCGCGCUCGCACGCCUGGCCCUACCAGGUGGGUCCUGCCGGGGUCCCACGGCCGCUGCCGGGGCUCUCCCCGCGCCGGCAGCCCGCGCUCAGCCCCGGCCCGUGUCUCGCCCCCUGCCCAGAUCUCCCUGCAGUAUUACUCCGGGGGCAGCUGGCACCACACCUGCGGGGGCUCCCUCAUCCACAGGAACUGGGUGAUGACCGCCGCCCACUGCGUCAACAAUAACAUGAACUACCGUGUGGUGGCCGGCGAGCACAACCUCAACACGAACGAGGGCAGCGAGCAGGUCUUCAGCGUCAGCAGGAUCGUCGUGCACCCCUACUGGAACAGCAACAACGUGGCCGCGGGCUACGACAUCGCCCUGUUCCGCCUGAGCAGCCCCGCCACCCUGAACAGCGCCGUGCAGCUGGCCGUGCUGCCCCAGGAGGGCACCAUCCUGCCCAACAACUACGCCUGCUACAUCACGGGCUGGGGCCUGACCCGCAGCAACGGGCAGCUGUCCAGCGUCCUGCUCCAGGCCUACCUGCCCGUCGUGGACUACCAGAUCUGCUCCAGCGCGUCCUACUGGGGCUCCACCGUCAAGAACACCAUGGUGUGCGCCGGCGGCGACGGCGUGCGCUCCGGCUGCCAGGGCGAUUCCGGCGGUCCCCUGCACUGCGCCGUCAACGGGCAGUACCAGGUGCACGGCGUCACCAGCUUCGUGUCCAGCCAGGGCUGCAACGUCGCCCGCAAGCCCACCGUGUUCACCCGCGUCUCCGCCUACAUCUCCUGGAUCAACAGCGUCAUCGCCCAGAACUGAGCCCGGCGGGACCAGCGCUCGCUGCCCCUCGCCCACGGCCGUCCCCUCACUCCCCCCGCCGCGCUCCGGGCUCCUCGCACCCGAGCCGGCCUCAAUAAAAU